UGACCCUCUCUCCACAGCAGCACCUGGCAAGUGCUGGAUCUGCCCGUCCCCAUGGAUCUCCUGGGAGCAGGGACCCUCUUCCUGGCCAUCUCCCUGGCUGGCCUCCUGCUCCUCUCCUCUUGGCAGCAAAUGAGCCGAAGGGGCAAGAUGCCCCCUGGACCCAUGCCCCUCCCCCUGAUUGGGAACCUGCUCUGGGUAGACCGAAACAACCUGCCCAAUUCACUCAUCAAGCUGAGCAAAAAGUACGGGCCUGUCUACACGCUCCAUCUGGGUCCCCGGCGCAUUGUGGUGCUAAGUGGCUACGAGGCCAUUAAGGAGGCCCUGGUGGACCAGGGGAACGAAUUCCGGGACCGGGGGCAUCAUGGCACCUUUGACUGGAUCUUCCGGGGUCAAGGAGUUGCCUUCAGCAAUGGGGAAAAGGCCAAACAACAAAGACGGUUCUCCAUCACAACUCUGCGGAAUUUCGGGGUGGGAAAGAGAUCCAUUGAAGAGCGGAUCCUGGAGGAAGCUCACUUCCUGCUGGAAGCCCUGAGGAGCACAAAAGGAGCCCCCUUUGACCCCACCUACUUCCUGAGUCGCUCCGUGUCCAACGUCAUCAGCUCCAUCGCCUUUGGCAACCGCUUUGACUACGAAGACCCGGAGUUCCUCUCUUUGCUGACUGGAAUACUGGAAACUUUCCGCUUCAGCUCCUCAGCUCAGGGACAGCUCUUGGACAUCUUCUUUGGAAUCGUGCAACACCUCCCUGGCUCACAGCAAAAGUCUUUCAAGAUGUUUUCGGAACUGAAGGAAUUUGUGGCCAAGAAGGCAAAAGCCCACCAAGAGACCCUGGACCCCAACUCCCCACGGGAUUUCAUUGACUGCUUCCUGGUGAAAACGCUGCAGGAAGAAAAAAACCCUGACUCUUUCUUCUCCAUGGAGGAACUGGUCGCAACCACACUUGCUGUCUUUAUUGGUGGUACCGAAACGGUCAGCACCACUUUGCGUUAUGGGUUCCUGAUGCUGCUGAAGUACCCAGAGGUGGAAGAGAAGAUCCACGAGGAGAUUGACCGCGUCAUUGGUGUCAAUAGGACUCCCACCAUGGAGGACCGGCUGCAGAUGCCCUACACGGAAGCUGUGAUUCAUGAGAUACAGAGAUUUGGGGACCUAUUACCCAUGGCCCUGCCACGACGUGUCACCCAAGAUGUCCAGUUAAGAGGAUACACAAUUCCCAAGGGGACAGAGGUAUUCCCCAUGUUGGGAACAGCGAUGAGAGACCCCAAACAUUUUGCAAGACCUGAGGAGUUUGACCCCCAACACUUCCUGGAUGAGAAGGGGCAGUUCAAGAAGAAGGAGGCUUUCAUACCCUUCUCUACUGGAAAUCGUUACUGCUUCGGAGAACAUCUGGCCCGUGCUGAGCUUUUCCUCUUCCUCACCAGCAUCCUGCAGCAUUUCCACUUCAAAUCAGCUGUGCCCCCUGAAGACAUCGACCUCUCCCCAAUGUUGUUGGGGUUCGCCACUAUCCCACAGACCUAUGAGAUCUCAGUCAUCCCCCGCUGAGUGAGGGGCCCAAAAUGCCUUUCCAGAUUGCCCCCUGCCUCACCAAUUCAUUCCUAGCAACCUUCUAGGUGGAGGAGAUGCCCUCUAAGGACAUGGCUUUCUUGCUGAGGGCACCACAGCUCAUCUCCAGAAAGCCUGGCACCUAGAGCCACCUCACACCCUGCAUUUUGUUCUGGUUCCUGCUCCUGUACCCCAACCUUUGUGCCCUUUCCUCCAGCAACCACAGGGAGGAUGGCAUCAGGUGUGGGGGGGAGUUCAGCUAUGGUGCUCUGCUCCUCUCCCCCCUUCUCACCACACUCUGAAGGUACUCUGCAUGCUGAUGGGGCUGUUCAAGCUAGAAAUAUUCACCAUUAAAACCCAGGACUGCAGGAGAAGUCUAGCUGAGCUGGGAAAAGAUUCUGGGAUGCCCACAUCAGUUUGGGCAGGCUGAUAGCUCAGGCAGGCAAAGGGGCAGCAGACAGUCUAGUUCGAUCCUGCCUCUCUCCUUUGAAGUUGCCAACACAGGCAGGUUUCUGUCCUGAAAAGUCUCCUCUGUAUGUUGACCUGUUUUGUGUACCAAUAAACAUUCUUUGCCAACCUAAAA